GCGGGGCGGCUGGAGCGUCUACGAGCGCAGGCCCCGGCCACCCCGGAGUAGCCGGGAGCAGCAGAAGCACCGGGCCUCUGCGCACUCCUGGUGGCGGUCCGCGAGCUCGGUCUUCAGCCGCGGGCGCUCAACGCAGGGCCCCGCGCGGCUGGCCACUCAGCCAGCCAGCUUCCCGAGACGGACGGGCGCAGCGCCCCGGAGCCGCUCGGCCCGGGCGCACACGGAAGUGAUCAGCUCUGAAUGGGCUUUGGAAAGUAAAGAAGAAGAUCCAGUCUGCUUUUCUGGGACACUGGACAACCGAAUAAAUGCAGGUUUUCAGUGUGGGCUCGAGUUUAGGGUCUAAAUACCUGCUCAUCUGAACUGCAAGUAUCUAAACAUAAAAGAGGACUGCAAUGCCAUGGCGUUCUGUGCUAAGAUGAGGAGCUCCAAGAAGACUGAAGUGAAGCAAAUGGUCCCUGAGCCUGGGGUGGAAGUGACCUUCUAUCUGUUGGACAGGGAGCCACUCCGCUUGGGCAGUGGGGAGUAUACUGCUGAGGAGCUGUGCAUCAGGGCCGCGCAGGAAUGCAGUAUUUCUCCUCUGUGCCACAAUCUCUUUGCACUGUAUGAUGAGAGCACUAAGCUCUGGUAUGCUCCGAACCGCAUCAUCACUGUGGACGACAAGCUGUCUCUCCGGCUCCACUACCGCAUGAGGUUCUACUUCACCAACUGGCAUGGAACCAACGACAAUGAGCAAUCUGUGUGGCGACAUUCUCCAAAGAAACAGAAAAAUGGCUAUGAGAAGAAAAAGGUUCCAGAUGCAACCCCACUCCUUGAUGCCAGCUCACUGGAGUAUCUGUUUGCGCAGGGACAGUAUGAUUUAAUCAAAUGCCUGGCUCCCAUUCGGGAUCCCAGGACUGAGCAGGAUGGACACGACAUUGAGAACGAGUGUCUGGGGAUGGCUGUGCUGGCUAUCUCACACUAUGCCAUGAUGAAGAAGAUGCAGCUGCCAGAGCUGCCCAAAGACAUCAGCUACAAGCGGUAUAUUCCAGAAACAUUGAAUAAAUCCAUCAGACAGAGGAACCUUCUUACCAGGAUGCGAAUAAAUAAUGUUUUCAAAGAUUUCCUGAAGGAAUUUAACAACAAGACCAUCUGUGACAGCAGUGUGUCCACGCAUGACCUGAAGGUGAAAUACCUCGCCACCUUGGAGACACUGACAAAGCAUUAUGGGGCUGAGAUAUUUGAGACUUCCAUGUUACUGAUUUCAUCAGAGAAUGAGAUGAAUUGGGGCAACUCAAGUGACAGUGGCAAUGUUCUUUAUGAAGUGAUGGUGACUGGAAAUCUUGGAAUCCAGUGGCGGCAGAAACCAAACGUUGUUCCUGUUGAAAAGGAAAAAAAUAAACUGAAGCGGAAAAAACUGGAAUAUAAACACAAGAAGGAUGAGGAAAAAAACAAAGUCCGGGAAGAGUGGAACAAUUUUUCAUACUUCCCUGAAAUUACUCACAUUGUCAUAAAGAAGUCUGUGGUCAGCAUUAACAAACAGGACAACAAAAAAAUGGAACUGAAGCUUUCUUCUCAUGAGGAGGCCUUGUCCUUUGUGUCCCUGGUAGAUGGCUACUUCCGGCUCACAGCAGAUGCCCACCAUUACCUCUGCACAGAUGUGGCUCCCCCACUAAUUGUCCACAACAUACAGAAUGGCUGUCACGGUCCUAUCUGCACAGAAUAUGCCAUCAAUAAGCUGCGGCAAGAAGGGAGCGAAGAGGGGAUGUAUGUGCUGAGAUGGAGCUGCACCGACUUUGACAACAUCCUUAUGACCGUCACCUGCUUUGAGAAGUCUGAGGUAUUGGGAGGCCAGAAACAAUUCAAGAACUUUCAGAUCGAGGUACAGAAGGGCCGCUACAGCCUGCAUGGCUCGGUUGACCACUUUCCCAGCCUGAGAGACCUCAUGAACCAUCUCAAGAAGCAGAUCCUCCGCACAGACAACAUAAGCUUUGUGCUGAAACGUUGCUGUCAGCCCAAGCCCCGAGAGAUCUCCAAUCUGCUGGUAGCCACUAAGAAAGCACAGGAAUGGCAACCUGUCUAUCCCAUGAGCCAGCUGAGUUUUGAUCGGAUCCUCAAGAAAGACAUUAUACAAGGUGAGCACCUCGGCAGAGGCACAAGAACACAUAUCUACUCUGGGACCCUGAUGGACUACAAGGAUGAUGAAGGGACUGCUGAAGAGAAGAAGAUAAAAGUCAUCCUCAAGGUCUUAGAUCCCAGCCACAGGGACAUUUCUCUGGCCUUCUUUGAGGCGGCCAGCAUGAUGCGGCAGGUUUCCCACAAACACAUCGUAUACCUUUAUGGUGUCUGUGUCCGAGAUGUGGAGAAUAUCAUGGUAGAAGAGUUUGUGGAGGGAGGACCACUAGAUCUCUUCAUGCACAGGAAAAGCGAUGUCCUCACUACACCCUGGAAGUUCAAAGUUGCCAAACAACUGGCCAGUGCCCUGAGUUACUUGGAAGAUAAAGAUCUAGUUCAUGGAAAUGUGUGUACCAAAAAUCUUCUUCUGGCCCGUGAGGGAAUUGACAGUGAGAUUGGCCCGUUCAUCAAGCUCAGUGACCCUGGCAUCCCUGUCUCUGUGCUAUCCAGGCAAGAAUGCAUAGAGAGAAUCCCCUGGAUUGCUCCUGAGUGUGUUGAAGACUCCAAGAAUCUGAGUGUGGCUGCUGACAAAUGGAGCUUUGGAACCACACUCUGGGAAAUCUGCUACAAUGGAGAGAUCCCCCUUAAAGACAAGACCCUGAUUGAGAAGGAAAGAUUCUAUGAAAGCCGUUGCAGGCCAGUGACUCCAUCUUGCAAGGAGCUAGCUGAUCUCAUGACCCGCUGCAUGAACUAUGACCCCAAUCAAAGACCUUUCUUCCGAGCCAUCAUGAGGGACAUCAACAAGCUGGAAGAGCAGAAUCCAGACAUUGUGUCAGAAAAGAAGCCAACAACAGAGGUGGAUCCCACUCAUUUUGAAAAGCGUUUCUUGAAGAGGAUUCGUGACUUGGGAGAGGGCCACUUUGGGAAGGUGGAGCUCUGCAGGUAUGACCCUGAAGGGGACAAUACAGGGGAGCAGGUGGCUGUCAAGUCCUUGAAACCUGAGAGUGGAGGUAACCACAUAGCUGACUUGAAGAAGGAGAUAGAAAUCUUAAGGAACCUGUACCAUGAGAACAUUGUGAAGUACAAAGGAAUCUGCAUGGAAGAUGGAGGGAAUGGUAUCAAGCUCAUCAUGGAAUUUCUGCCCUCGGGAAGCCUAAAGGAGUAUCUUCCAAAGAAUAAGAACAAAAUUAACCUGAAACAGCAGCUAAAAUAUGCCAUCCAGAUCUGUAAGGGGAUGGACUAUUUGGGUUCUCGUCAAUAUGUUCACCGGGACCUAGCUGCAAGAAAUGUCCUUGUUGAGAGUGAACACCAAGUAAAGAUUGGAGACUUUGGUCUAACCAAAGCAAUAGAAACUGAUAAGGAGUACUACACAGUCAAGGACGACCGGGACAGUCCCGUGUUUUGGUAUGCUCCAGAAUGUUUAAUCCAGUGUAAAUUUUAUAUCGCCUCUGACGUCUGGUCUUUUGGAGUGACGCUGCAUGAGCUACUUACUUACUGUGAUUCAGACUUUAGUCCCAUGGCUCUGUUCCUGAAAAUGAUAGGCCCGACCCACGGCCAGAUGACAGUAACACGACUUGUGAGUACACUGAAAGAGGGAAAGCGCCUGCCAUGUCCACCCAAUUGCCUUGACGAGGUUUAUCAACUUAUGAGAAAAUGUUGGGAAUUCCAGCCCUCUAACCGGACAACUUUUCAGAACCUUAUUGAAGGAUUUGAAGCGUUGUUAAAAUAAGAAGCAUGAGUGGCAUGUAGACUCCACUGUUAUCAAGCUCUCCUCCCUAAGCCAUCUAAAAUAAUUUUUUUUAUGGAAGUUUGUAUUCUAUCUAAAAAGUCUCUCAACAAAUACUUGAGUACAUGCAUAUGUCAUACUGUGUUGCUUAAUGUGUGAAACUUUCUCUUUAAAUUUGACACAUCUUAAAUUUAGUGACAAAUAAUGACAACCAAAAUACUAGAAUUCACCUAAGCACUCCUCCUUUCGGAAAGAUUAGACCCUGAAUUGCAUAACAAAGGACUCUUGGCCUUAGCAGUGCCUCAGAGUGAUUGCUCUUCCCAGCUGCCAGGAACCUCAGAUGUUUUGCUGGCCUAUUAAUCUUAGAUAAAACUGGUGGACUUAGCUGAAACUCUGCCUUACCCUGAAAUUUCACUAUCUAUACAGUGAUAGUCCAAGCAGUCUUAAAAUAGUAGAUAACCAGUUAGUAUGUUAUUGUUUCUAUACAAAAAUGCGUGUAUUCCUGCCACCCAACAGCACUGAAACUUCAAGCUGUUUGUGCAGUAGCCCAGCCACUGUUCUCUUGGCUAACCACUGGUACCCAUUGUGGAGAGCACUGGUUCUACACAGGGAGACAGCAUGGCAUAGACACUCUGCAUGUUACUUCUUGAACUGAGCCUGUGCCCAUACUUUCCUAUACAGCCUGCUUUAAUCAGACAGACUUCCUGGACCUGGAUGCUAUUACAUACGCCUUUAAGAAACAUCAGUGCAUACCCUUUUGUAACUGCUCCUUGGGAGCAAGCUAGUCAAGCAUUGGGUUUAAAUGCUAUAUGCUAACAGAUGAUAACACCACCUACAAAAGGUCAGUCACUAUUUUGACCAUUACUUUAUAGUGCAAAACUAGAAAGACCCAGCCAGAGGCACACCAGAGUUCAGAAUUACUAAACAGUUUUCACUUUGAUUAGAGGUAGCUAGGUAAUAAAAAAAAAAAAGAAAAGUUUGGUUUCUGAUUCUACAUGAACCAUAAAGUUCUUUAUGACCAAGAGUCUGAUAAACUUAUUAAUGCUAUCUAGUACUCAUUUGAUAUCCUUUCACCUUUUGAGAACCCAAGACAAUUCUGGAUUGCUUCAAUGGCAAGAAUAAACUUGCCAUUUCAAUUUAUUCAUUUGCUGUACAUCACCAAGGUGUCUGUUUAUGUCAAACCUGUGGCCCACUCUCUAUGCACUUUGUUUACUCUUUAUAUAAAUAAAUAUACUAAAGACUUUA